GGGAGUGGGGGGGGGGAAGGCGGAACAAACCGGAUACAUGCUGUAACUGCUCGCCCGCACUGCAGAUUAACUCUUACCGUGCUGGGAGAUGCAGCAAGACAUGGACAGGAUUGGUCAGAGCUUCUCCUUCCCGAAGCUCACGUAACACCUCAAGCAAUCACUCUUCCUGGGGAUUGCAAGGACACCUCCUAAACUCAGCUCAUUCCUCAAUCUGCCACACGGAGCGUGUGGACUGAGGCCAGGCACUGUAGAAAUGGAGCAAAACUUAGGGAUGCACACCCAAGAGGCUGAGUGAGGAGUGUGCUUCUGAAUGUUAUGCCUGUUCUUCUAAAGGAGAAGAGCUGUGGGAAACUGUAGAAAACCCAAAGCUCCGAAGAACACAGACUUCACAGUAUGACCCGCUGCUUUCCCACGUAUGGUGACAGGGGCUGAACUUGGCCACACAUUGCUGUAUGUGUGUGUGGGCCUGUCUCCGAGUGUAUGUGUGUCUCACGCAGUGUUGAGGAGUUUUUAACUUCAGCAGGGAGUGUCUGGCCUCCCCUCCAGUCCAGAGGGAGGUGGUAGUGUGUGCCCUUUGUGUUCCGGAUGCAGAACAUCCUCGAUCAAAACCUAGACAUGGCUACGGCUUUACUCGCCGGCGAGAAGCUGAAGGAGCUGAUCCUGCCCGGCUCCUCUCAGGAUGAGAGGGGCGGAUUACUGUCUGGCCUCAUGGUGCAGCUCAAACUGGAGCUGCCCUUUGAUCGUGUUGUCACUAUAGGGACGGUCAUCAUCCCCAUCCUGCUGGUCACCCUAGUCUUCACAAGGAACUUUGCAGAGGAGUCCAUAUACUGUUACACACCACACAACUUCACCAGAGACCAGGCACUGUAUGCAAGAGGCUACUGCUGGACAGAGCUGCGGGAUGCUGCACCCGGUCUGGAGUCUCACCUUUGGCCUUCACUAUUUGAACACAAGUUCCUGCCCUAUGCCCUGCUGGCCUUUGCUGGAAUCAUGUACAUUCCUGCUUUGGGCUGGGAGUUCCUUGCCUCUACACGGCUCACUUCAGAGCUCAAUUUCCUGCUUCAAGAGAUUGAUAACUGCUAUCAUCGAGCCGCUGAGGGCAGAGCCCCGAAGAUCGAGAAGCAGAUUCAAUCCAAAGGACCUGGCAUAACUGAGAGAGAGAGAAGAGAGAUUAUUGAGAAUGCAGAGAAGGAGAAAAGCCCCGAGCAGAACCUAUUUGAGAAAUAUUUGGAGAGACGAGGCCAAAGUAACUUUCUGGCUAAGCUUUACCUGGGACGCCACCUGGCUAUUGUCUGCCUCAGUUCCAUCCCUAUUUCCUACCUGAGCGCCUACUAUGCCCGCCAGAGGCAGAAUGAGUUCACCUGUGCGCUGGGUGAGCCACCAGACACUAGCAGCUAUCAAGAGCUGAAGCUCAGGGUCAAUUGUAAGCUGCCUGCUGUGCAGCUGCAGCGCAUUAUGGCAGCAGUAGACAUCGCUCUGCUUUGCACCAUGAACCUCAUCAUCCUGAUUAAUUUGCUGCACUUGUUUGUGGUGCGCAAGUCCAACUUUGUUUUUGACAAACUACACAAAGUUGGUAUUAAAACGCGGCGACGCUGGCAAAAGUCUCAGUUCUGCGACAUCAACAUCCUGGCCAUGUUCUGCAACGAGAACAGGGACCACAUCAAGUCGCUCAACCGGCUGGACUUCAUCACCAACGAGAGUGACCUCAUGUAUGACAAUGUGGUCAGGCAGCUGCUGGCUGCACUUGCACAGUCCAAUCAUGAUGCUACACCCACUGUGAGGGACUCUGGGAUACAAACAAUUGAUGCCCACAUGGACCCCUCUGAUCUUGGAGUGGGAGAGAUGGCUGGGGAGCCCCUGGUCAUCAAACGGCCCCGAAAGAAGAUGAAAUGGAUCCCAAGCUCAAAUCCUCUUCCUCAGUCGUUUAAGGAACCUCUUACUCAGACACGUGUGGAAAAUAACGGCAAGCCUGAAAAACCCAAACCAGUCAGACGAAAGGCACUGGCAGACAGCUUCACCGCACCACUUCUGGAUACCAAGAGCACACAAUAUCCUGCAAUAAAAAAUAUGAGUGGGAUGGAGAAAAAGCACACUCGCAACUUCUCUCUGGACGUCCACCCAUACAUGCUGACCAUUCGUAAGCCCAAGGUGGAGGCCACAACCGCAGAGCCUCUUCCCUCAAAGCACAACAUGGAUACAGUGUACCUCGAAGGCACACACACUAUCGUUCACGUGUCUGGUGCCAUUACAGAAACUAAGAUUUGCUCUCCACAAUCCACCAACACUGCCUUUUCUACGGUGACCUUGCCCACCACUGCUUACGUGAACGGUGUGAGCCCGAACCCUCCCUCCAGCGAGGACGCACUCAGUCCCAAGUCCUCUCCUCCUCCUCCUACUUCUCCAAGGGAGCCUCCCACCCAGAUGGAAAACCCUGAGUGUCAGCCACCACCUCUGACCAGAGCCCCUACACACCAGCUGCUGAGUAUACAUCACACUCUCUUUGAGGAAGAAGAGGAUGAAGAAAACCGCAGGGACAGACUGGCAGAGAGACCCGGGGAGCUCAUCGCUGCUGGGGAAUGUUAAAGGAAGAGAAGAAGAGGGACGCCGACACUACACUCACAUGACCACCAUGUCGAUCACCUUCUAUCAACAGCCACCUCUGCUCUUUAAAUGAACUCACACACUUCUGUGAUGGGUAGAUUGGACAGUGAGGACGUGACAUGGAACUCUAGUAGUCAUAAAAGCUAAAAGACUCAAUUUUAGAUGGGAAAAUUAAGGAUUAGACAAAUGUUUGGGUAUUUGAUAAUGCUGACGAGAGUAUUGCUGUUGGAAAUGAUGUCACAUUCAUGUCUCAGGAUGACUGUGUACAGCUAAACACCCUCCAAUGAAACCAGCAGUGAUUUAAUUCAACAGGGUGCUACAGUGCAGGUUUAUACAGCUUACAGGCUUGAAAAGAAAAGAUGAGUGGCAAUGAAAGAUCAGUGAGCUUUCCAAAAGAAAAAAAAAAGAAAAGAAAAAAUGACCCACACCUUAGAGAUGCAAAGAAGACUGCAUUAUAGCUUCAUGCAAAAUGUAUUUUAAACACGUAUGAUAACGCUUAGACCCUUUAUCCCAAUAGCAAAGUAGAAAGGUAGCUCAUGCAAUACAGUUGAGAUCUGCACAAUUAAUAUGCAAAAGAUCACAAUAUAAUUGUGGCAAUAAUGUAUACGCUUGCAGCAUCAUAUUUCGCAGAACGCUAGACAUAGACGCUGUAUAUGACAGUGUUUGUGGGGUGUUUAAAAAAUGACACGUUUCAUGGCUUUAUCUUUGCCAUUUCACCGUUGAUUAGGACUGUGUAUCAGAUCUUGACUCCACUAUAUUUGCACGUCAUUAUUUAAUAUUUAAAUUGGCGUGUUAUAUAAAGGGACAGAAAAGGCUACAAUAAAAGGGUUGUGUUGGGAGGUGACAUGCAACUACAAUAUUGCUCAAAGAAACUGUCAGAUAUGUCUAUAGAUCUAUGAUAGAAAUGCAGUGAUGUGGGUGAUUAUAAAAGCAGCUCUAAUACGAUGAAUGGAGCUGGUCUCACUGGUAAAGUAUGUGACUUUUGCGUUCUGCUGGCUUCUUGUGGGAGUGCUGUGAUGUGAACUGAAUGACGUGAUGAGUAGAUGUUAAAGCCUUACUCCCUAGAAGGUUUAUUAUGUGAUGACUGAGCUUUUGAUUGCCAUCUGCUGUCUCUGACCCAAUCAAAAUUUCUUUCGGUAGUUCUGCCCUGUCUCACAUUGUGCCAACGUCUGCUUUGAAGGAUUUAAUGGUUAGAAUAGUUGGUCUUAGUUAUUUGCAGUAGAAACCAAACUUUUAAGGUAUGUAAGCACUUUUCACAGGGAAUGAGUGAGUGGACAAGGGGAUGGGUGCCUACCACAACCACUCCAUACGCGUUUCAUGCAGUUGCAUAGGCCUAGGGCUGCACAAUUAAUCGAACAUUAAUCGCGAUCACGAUUUGGGCUAAUCGGUAUUGACUUUUUAAUUGCAUGCUCCGCUCAUUAAAGGUGUCCUGCCACAUGUAUUUCAUCACUUUUUGGUAAUGUCUGAAGUUCUGCCAUGGACUCUGUAACAUUUUUUGUGGAAAAAAUGCCUUGGUUACCUUGUUUCAAGCUAUUCUAGCGUGUUAUAGAAAGCCUGCAGGAAGACUCAGCUCCAUUUGUGCUAGUUCUCAUUAAUAUUCAAUGAGCUAAGCUGUUUGACUCUGAUUGGCUAAUAGCUAGCCAAUGAGAGCCUGGCUAUAAGCAUCCUUUAUCCAGCACAACUGGGUGAGCUCAUGAGUAGUAAUGAGCUCAGGCAACAUGACGUCAGACUGACCAGCUUUUCUGAUUGGCCUGAUUUAUCCUCAUUUCUUUCAAGUGGCUAGAGCUGACAGAGGAGGUAGCAGUUUGUUUUCACAUUCACGAAAUAACAUACACAGAUAGACCUAAUAUAUGUAAAAAAAUGGAAGUAAAACCGGUUUUAUGUGGCAGGG